GCAGAUUGCCUCCACCUUCAACUCUGGAAAUGGUUGUACCUGCAUAUGCAGUUGGUAAAGUCAUGGGCAAAGGUGGCAUGAAUAUUGAAAAUAUACGUAAGAUAUCUGGUGCAGCAGUAGAGAUUUCAGAUUCCAAAUCCUCCCGAGGUGAUCGUGUGGCUUUAAUAUCAGGCACACCGGAGCAGAAGCGUGCAGCUGAAAACUUGAUUCAAGCAUUCAUAAUGGCUACUGUUCUACCUGUGUUGCCUGAUAAGUUCGAUUCAUCCAUGGUAGAAGUUGAUAGGAUGUUUAUCGAGCCUUUGUGCAUCUUACUUCUGAUAUGCUUUUCUCGUGUAUUUGAUGUUGAGUCUCUUCCUCGCAUGCCCUCUGUGCUGUUCAUAUGUAUAGAUCUAAGUGCUGAACGACCAUCUCCUUAUGAAAUGCAGACACUUAUAUGCUUCCUUGGUGAUCUGCGAAGAAUUCUUCUCCAAGUCAUUAGAAGUUCUUUCCUUAAUCAGUCGCUUACCAGAAUGGUAAAAUUUCCUCUUCCAUUCGUAGUAAUUAUGUGCAAUAUUUGUUUGGGGCAGUCACUGGAUGAUCUGAAAUCAACAGCCGUCGAAGCUGUAUUGCUGCUGCAAGGAAAGAUAAAUGAUGAAGAUGAUGGCACUGUAACUUUGCGGCUUCUUGUUCCAUCUAAGGUUAUUGGGUGUAUCAUCGGGAAAAGUGGUUCAAUCAUAAAUGAAAUCAGGAAGAGAACUAAAGCAGAUAUUCGGAUCUCCAAAGGCGAGAAGCCUAAAUGUGCUGAUGCUAAUGAUGAACUUGUUGAGGUUGUUGGCGAAGUUCGUAGUUUGAGAGAUGCACUUAUUCAGAUUGUCUUGAGGCUCCGAGAUGAUGUGUUAAAAAAUAAAGAGGGUGAUCACAUUUCUUCUGCUGGUGCUGGUUUUUCGGUGCCCUCAGUUUUGCCUAGUAUUUCUUCAGCUGCUCCUUUGGGCUAUGAGCACAGGGCCGAAACUGAGAGUGGGAUGGGCCUGCUUUCCUCCAGUGCCUAUGGGUCCCUGUUGGUAAGCAACUGGGCUUUUGUAAAAGCUAUUUUCCUAGUAGACUCAUGUAUAAAAAGAAAAAGUUUGUCACUGUUUUAUCUUUAGUUGACAUUUCCUCAU